CAGCCACGGGCCUGAAGACUGUUUCACUGCAGCCACGGGCCUGAAGACUGUUUCACUGCAGCCACGGGCCUGAAGACUGUUUCACUGCAGCCACGGGCCUGAAGACUGUUUCACUGCAGCCACAGGCCUGAAGACUGUUUCACUGCAGCUACAGGCCUGAAGACUGUUUCACUGCAGCCACAGGCCUGAAGACUGUUUCACUGCAGCCACAGGCCUGAACAACAGCCAGUCAUGACAUCAAGCAUAGGGGAUGAUUCUAGCAUCUUCGACGGGUCGAUGGAUGAAGAUGACAAGGACAAAGCAAAACGCGUGUCUCGUAACAAGUCGGAGAAGAAGAGACGAGACCAGUUCAAUGUCCUCAUCAAGGAGCUGGGCACCAUGUUGCCUGGCAUCACACGCAAGAUGGACAAGUCCACCAUCCUGCAGAAGAGCAUCGACUUCCUGUGUAAACACAACGAGAUCUCUGCUCAGUCUGAGUCCAGUGAGAUCAGACAGGACUGGAAACCUCCGUUCCUUAGCAACGAGGAGUUCACCCAGCUCAUGCUGGAGGCUCUGGAUGGAUUCUUCAUAGCGAUAAUGACAGAUGGGAACAUCAUCUACGUCUCUGAGAGCGUCACCUCCUUGCUGGAACACCUGCCGUCGGACCUGCAGGACCAGAACCUGUUAAACUUCCUCCCCCUGGAUGAACACUCAGAGGUGUACAAGGCUCUCUCCAAACACCCCUCCGACCCCGAGAGCCUCGGACCAGAGUACCUCAAGACCAAGAACCAGCUGGAGUUUUGUUGCCACGUGUUGAGAGGAACCAUCGACCCUAAAGAACCUGCCGUCUACGAACACGUCAAAUUCAUCGGCAACUUCAAGUCGCUGAACGACGUCCCCAACACCACCAGGAAUGGUUUAGCAGGAGUGUUACAGAGAUCCCUACAACCUGCCUUUGAUGACCUGGUCUGCUUCGUAGCCACCGUCAGGCUGGCUAAACCACAGUUCAUCAAGGAGAUGUGUACAGUGGCGGAGCCCAAUGAAGAGUUCACCUCCCGACACAGUCUGGAGUGGAAGUUCUUAUUCCUAGACCACAGGGCUCCACCAAUCAUAGGCUACCUUCCAUUUGAGGUCCUGGGGACGUCGGGGUACGACUACUAUCAUGUAGACGACUUGGGGACACUGGCAAAGUGUCACGAACACUUGAUGCAGUAUGGUAAAGGGAAGUCGUGUUACUACAGGUUCCUGACCAAAGGUCAACAGUGGAUCUGGCUCCAGACUCGUCACUACAUCACCUAUCACCAGUGGAACUCCAGGCCUGAGUUCAUCGUCUGCACGCACACCGUCGUCAGCUACGCGGAGGUGAGGGCAGAGCAGCGUAGAGAGCUGGGUAUCAUUGAAGAGCCCCCCCCUGAGGUAACUGUGGACAAGCAGAGUCAAGACAGUGGAUCUGAGUCUCAGCUCAACACAGUUUCCAGCCUAAAAGAGGCCCUGGAACGCUUUGACCGUAGCCACACCCCCUCCUCCACCUCUCUGUCCUCACACAAGACCUCCUCACAGCUCUCAGACAACACCUGUACCUCAACAGCCUCCAAGCUCCACAUGGACAUGGCCACGCCCCCUCAUCAGUCACAUGUUGCCUCCACCAUCGAGAUGACAUCACAGAGACGCUCCUCCAUCAGCAGCCAGUCUAUGAGUUCUCAGACCACGGGACACAGUGUGGCUCCCGUCCAUCCUGUGAUACAACAACACCAACAACAAGAGCCGGUGCUAGAGUUCUCAGCCCAGGUCAAUGCUAUGCAGCACCUGAAGGACCAGCUGGAGCAGAGGACCAGGCUGAUACAGGCCAACAUCCAGAGACAGCAGGAUGAACUCCAAGUACAGCCCCCAGCCAUACAGGACCAACUACACAGAGUACAGCCCCCAGCGAUACAGAUGUUCGUGCAGCAGCCUGGCGGAGCUUUGAAUGUCCAGCUGCCUCAGGUGGGGGUGGUGCCACAGGGAGCAGUUCUGACCAAUCAGGUGCAGCAGACUGUCCUAAACCCCGCCCACACAGGAAGUCCGCUCACCAUUCAGCAGCAGCAGUCACCUCCUCCUCAACAGAACCUUCAACUACAGCAAAACAACUCCCUCGCUCAGGUCCAGCAGCAGCGUCAACCACAACAACAGCAGCAGCAACCUGUCUAUAACAUGAUCAUGUCCCAGCCCGGCCAGCCCAACCUACUACAGAUCAGUACCAGUCUACCACAGAACAACACACAACAGGCUGUAGCCACCUUCACACAAGACAACACUCAGAUACAGUUUCCGGCGGGCCAGCAGCUGGUGACUAAGUUAGUGACAGCUCCCAUGGCAUGUGGAGCGGUGAUGGUCCCGACCUCUGUGUUCAUGGGACAACCGGUCAUCACUUACAACCCCUUCGGAGGGCAGCAGGGCGGUCAGACUCUGACCCUCCAGGCAGCCCAGCCCCAACAGAACCAGCCUGACAGCCAGACACAGACGGCUGUAGUGGCACAGAGUAACCAACAGGGGGCGCAGCAGCAGUUCGUACAGGGCACCCGUCUUCUCCACGGCAACCAGCAGCUGAUCCUCCAGGCAGCAUUCCCCAUGCAACAACAGCAACAGGCCUUCACCCAGGUAACACAACAACAACAGUCUCACAACCAGAGGCAUCAGCUGCAGCUGAAACCACAGCCGCAGAAACAACCCAAAGGCCCGCCUUCGCACCGGACUGACAGCUCCAGCAGCCAAGCACAGUAGGCCAGGCGUCCAAUCAGAGGUGUGGAGGGGUGUCCUGGAUUGUGUUGUGUGUUUUUCUAAUGGAACUACAGUGUUGGAGUCACCCAACCCCCCCCCCCUCCUAUCGCCCAUACCAAUAUAGCUGCUGUGUUGACCCUCUAUCUUCUGCCAUAACAAACUGAAUUAUGGGUAACGGUGAGGGUGGCCAGCCCUUCGUCCUAGAAAGCUACUAACUGUGCAGGGUUUGGCUCCGGCUCUGCUCUAACACACCUAUUCAGUUGCUCAGCAGGACCUUGAUGUUCACCUAGACUGAAUCAGGUGUGUUGGUUAGCGCAGGGCCGGAACUAAAGCCUGCAGUCAGGAGAUCUUCAGGAGGAGGUUUGGCCCCACCUGGAUUUCACCUUCCCUAAGGAACUCCUCAUCACCGUGGUGACAAUAGUACGGACCGGAACCAUCGGAACCCUGUAUCCCGUAGCAACCAGGAGGAGCGUUGUUUGUUCGUGCGUUGGAGGAGAGACAAACUCGGUGUCCGUGGAAACACAGUAGAACUCAUUGCAUUGCCACGGUAACGAGAGACUCCAAAAGGAACAUUGUGGUGAUGGGCUGACUCUAUGGGUCUGUACAGUACAGACGUGUGUAACAUUAAACUAAAUGUAAAUAUCCAUUAUAGCUACAAAGAAAAAAACAGAAAUGACUAUUUUAUAUGAUUGCAUGGGUAAAUAACAGUACGUUUUUAUGAGUAACUUUUGACAAAAUGACUUUAGACUUUAUUCAGUGUUUUCCUGGUCAGAUAUGAGGUGACAGACGUUCAGCCAGCAUGAAGAGCCGCCUCUCUCUUCCACCUAAAGGUCUUCGGCUCUGUUCCAACACUUUAGAAAAUGCAUCCAUCCUUCCAUCUUUCCUCCCUUCCUGCCUUGAGGUUAUCAAAGUCAUUCAGUUAAGGGUGUAUUUUAUUUGUGUUGGAACAUGGCCCCCGGAGGGAGAGAUGUUGUGUCACCGUUUGUUUAAUGGACGGGCUUGGGUUCUAGUGGGAUGCUGGGAAAUGUAGUUUUUUUUUAACUCAACAUUUUUUAUUUUAUUUUUUAGACUCAACAUUUUUAAACGUUUUAUCAGAACAACAACCACGUCUGAUCCAAUCAAAUCAUGACGACCAAACAGACCUACGGAUAAAUACAGUCUAAACCAGACCAGGGAGUCGGCGAUGUUACUCAGCCUGGUUCCAGAUCACUUCAGUCUUGUGUUGGCUCAGUUGGUAGAGCAAGGCACUUGCAACCCCAGAGGUCGUGGGUUUGAUUCCAGCUCGGGCCAUCCGUACGUCAAAUCUAUGCACGUAUGACUGACUCUAAGUUGCUUUGGGGGAAAAAAACAUGAACUAAAUGUUCUAUAUGAAUGGUGCCGUCUUACCAACUUACCAACACACAGGUCUGGGAUCAUCUAUAACGGGUUUAGUUAUUCCAAGUGCCAAUAGUCACAACACACAGGAUCAGUUGAUAUAUAUAUUUUAACAGACAAAGAGGUAUAUAUAUAUAUAUAUUUCCAGAAGUAUAUGACCCUUCUAUCAGAGCAUGUAUAUAGAAUGGAUUAUUUUUGAAUGAAGACAGAAUUAUUAUUAUAGAAAGACAGUAUAUAUUUAACCUCCCCAUGAUAUUAUAGCACUUAAUGAGGUCUUAUACUGUCUGUAGGUCUGUCAUUUACUGUCUAUCUCCCCAUGAUAUUAUAGCACUUAAUGAGGUCUUAGACAGUAAAUUACAGACCUACAGACAGUAUAUCUCCCCAUGAUAUUAUAGCACUUAAUGAGGUCUUAGACAGUAAAUUACAGACCUACAGACAGUAUAUCUCCCCAUGAUAUUAUAGCACUUAAUGAGGUCUUAGACAGUAUAUCUCCCCAUGAUAUUAUAGCACUUAAUGAGGUCUUAGACAGUAAAUUACAGACCUACAGACAGUAUAUCUCCCCAUGAUAUUAUAGCACUUAAUGAGGUCUUAGACAGUAAAUUACAGACCUACAGACAGUAAAUCUCCCCAUGAUAUUAUAGCACUUAAUGAGGUCUAACACAGUAAAUUACAGACCUACAGACAGUAUAUCUCCCCAUGAUAUUAUAGCACUUAAUGAGGUCUUAGACAGUAAAUCUCCCCAUGAUAUUAUAGAACUUAAUGAGGUCUUAGACAGUAAAUCUCCCCAUGAUAUUAUAGAACUUAAUGAGGUCUUAGACAGUAAAUUACAGACCUACAGACAGUAAAUCUCCCCAUGAUAUUAUAGAACUUAAUGAGGUCUUAGACAGUAAAUCUCCCCAUGAUAUUAUAGAACUUAAUGAGGUCUUAGACAGUAAAUUACAGACCUACAGACAGUAAAUCUCCCCAUGAUAUUAUAGAACUUAAUGAGGUCUUAGACAGUAAAUUACAGACCUACAGACAGUAUAUCGCCCCAUGAUAUUAUAGCACUUAAUGAGGUCUUAGACAGUAAAUCUCCCCAUGAUAUUAUAGAACUUAAUGAGGUCUUAGACAGUAAAUUACAGACCUACAGACAGUAAAUCUCCCCAUGAUAUUAUAGCACUUAAUGAGGUCUAACACAGUAAAUUACAGACCUACAGACAGUAUAUCUCCCCAUGAUAUUAUAGCACUUAAUGAGGUCUUAUACUGUCUGUAGGUCUGUAAUUUACUGUAUCUCCCCAUGAUAUUAUAGCACUUAAUGAGGUCUUAGACAGUAAAUUACAGACCUACAGACAGUAAAUCUCCCCAUGAUAUUAUAGCACUUAAUGAGGUCUUAGACAGUAAAUUACAGACCUACAGACAGUAUAUCGCCCCAUGAUAUUAUAGCACUUAAUGAGGUCUUAGACAGUAAAUUACAGACCUACAGACAGUAUAUCUCCCCAUGAUAUUAUAGCACUUAAUGAGGUCUAACACAGUAAAUUACAGACCUACAGACAGUAUAUCGCCCCAUGAUAUUAUAGCACUUAAUGAGGUCUUAGACAGUAAAUUACAGACCUACAGACAGUAUAUCGCCCCAUGAUAUUAUAGCACUUAAUGAGGUCUUAGACAGUAAAUUACAGACCUACAGACAGUAUAUCGCCCCAUGAUAUUAUAGCACUUAAUGAGGUCUUAGACAGUAAAUCUCCCCAUGAUAUUAUAGCACUUAAUGAGGUCUAACAAAGUAAAUUACAGACCUACAGACAGUAAAUCUCCCCAUGAUAUUAUAGAACUUAAUGAGGUCUUAGACAGUAAAUCUCCCCAUGAUAUUAUAGAACUUAAUGAGGUCUUAGACAGUAAAUCUCCCCAUGAUAUUAUAGCACUUAAUGAGGUCUUAGACAGUAAAUUACAGACCUACAGACAGUAUAUCUCCCCAUGAUAUUAUAGAACUUAAUGAGGUCUUAGACAGUAUCUCCCCAUGAUAUUAUAGAACUUAAUGAGGUCUUAGACAGUAAAUUACAGACCUACAGACAGUAUAUCUCCCCAUGAUAUUAUAGAACUUAAUGAGGUCUUAGACAGUAAAUUACAGACCUACAGACAGUAUAUCUCCCCAUGAUAUUAUAGCACUUAAUGAGGUCUAACAAAGUAAAUUACAGACCUACAGACAGUAUAUCGCCCCAUGAUAUUAUAGCACUUAAUGAGGUCUUAGACAGUAAAUUACAGACCUACAGACAGUAUAUCUCCCCAUGAUAUUAUAGCACUUAAUGAGGUCUUAGACAGUAAAUCUCCCCAUGAUAUUAUAGCACUUAAUGAGGUCUUAGACAGUAAAUCUCCCCAUGAUAUUAUAGAACUUAAUGAGGUCUUAGACAGUAAAUCUCCCCAUGAUAUUAUAGCACUUAAUGAGGUCUUAGACAGUAAAUUACAGACAUAGACAGUAUAUCUACCUAGCUGUGUUGAAUCUGGAUGUGUGUGGAAAUGUGUGUGUAUGUUUGUGUGUGUGAGAGAGUAUGUGCGUGUGUGUUCUUGUCCAUGCGUUUACCUCUAGACAUUGUGUGUGUUUGUGUUUACAUGGUGUGUGUCUUAUACUAACUCCCUUAUUCAAGGAUCCACAAUUUGCUGAAUGGUCUCUGCUCAGGAAUAAAACUUGUGUGUCCAAAAUGGUACUCUCCUAUUGGCCCUGGUCUAAAGUAGUGCUCUAUAUAGGGAAUAGGGCUCUGGUCUAAAGUAGUGCUCUAUAUAGGGAAUAGGGCUCUGGUCUAAAGUAGUGCUCUAUAUAGGGAAUAGGGCCCUGGUCUAAAGUAGUGCUCUAUAUAGGGAAUAGGGCUCUGGUCUAAAGUAGUGCUCUAUAUAGGGAAUAGGGCUCUGGUCUAAAGUAGUGCACUAUAUAGGGAAUAGGGCUCUGGUCUAAAGUAGUGCUCUAUAUAGGGAAUAGGGCUCUGGUCUAAAGUAGUGCACUAUAUAGGGAAUAGGGCCCUGGUCUAAAGUAGUGCUCUAUAUAGGGAAUAGGGCUCUGGUCUAAAGUAGUGCUCUAUAUAGGGAAUAGGGCUCUGGUCUAAAGUAGUGCUCUAUAUAGGGAAUAGGGCCCUGGUCUAAAGUAGUGCUCUAUAUAGGGAAUAGGGUGCCAUUGGAGAAUCAGCCAAGAACUCAGCAGACAUGCAUCUGCUCCAGUAUACACAGGCCUCACAUGGGGCCCAAUCAUAACCUGCCAUCUGCACAUGCUCAGUGUCUCCAGGCCAGACAGAACAUGUCUGUCAGGAGAUGGGAAAUUACCCAUCACAACAAACCAUUCUUCUGGUGCGUUGCUUUUCUGCUUAUUAGGGACGAAUCAACUAAUCAAAUCAUGAAAAACUAAUCAAAUUUUACGUCACGGAAAUGUAACGAGUUGGCAUUGGUCUGGUCAGUCAGUUGAUAUUUGAUUCAGGUCUGGUCAGUAGUCAGUUGAUAUCUGAUCCAGGUCUGGUCAGUUGAUAUUUGAUCCAGGUCUGGUCAGUAGUCAGUUGAUAUCUGAUCCAGGUCUGGUCAGUUGAUAUUUGAUCCAGGUCUGGUCAGUAGUCAGUUGAUAUCUGAUCCAGGUCUGGUCAGUAGUCAGUUGAUAUUUAAUCCAGGUCUGGUCAGUUGAUAUUUAAACCAGGUCUGGUCAGUAGUCAGUUGAUAUUUAAUCCAGGUCUGGUCAGUAGUCAGUUGAUAUUUAAUCCAGGUCUGGUCAGUUGAUAUUUGAUCCAGGUCUGGUCAGUAGUCAGUUGAUAUUUAAUCCAGGUCUGGUCAGUUGAUAUUUGAUCCAGGUCUGGUCAGUCAGUUGAUAUUUGAUCCAGGUCUGGUCAGUAGUCAGUUGAUAUUUGAUCCAGGUCUGGUCAGUUGAUAUUUGAUUCAGGUCUGGUCAGUUGAUAUUUAAUCCAGGUCUGGUCAGUAGUCAGUUGAUAUUUAAUCCAGGUCUGGUCAGUAGUCAGUUGAUAUUUAAUCCAGGUCUGGUCAGUAGUCAGUUGAUAUUUAAUCCAGGUCUGGUCAGUUGAUAUUUGAUCCAGGUCUGGUCAGUAGUCAGUUGAUAUUUGAUCCAGGUCUGGUCAGUAGUCAGUUGAUAUUUAAUCCAGGUCUGGUCAGUUGAUAUUUGAUCCAGGUCUGGUCAGUCAGUUGAUAUUUGAUCCAGGUCUGGUCAGUAGUCAGUUGAUAUUUGAUCCAGGUCUGGUCAGUUGAUAUUUGAUUCAGGUCUGGUCAGUUGAUAUUUGAUUCAGGUCUGGUCAGUAGUCAGUUGAUAUUUGAUCCAGGUCUGGUCAGUAGUCAGUUGAUAUUUGAUCCAGGUCUGGUCAGUUGAUAUUUAAUCCAUGUCUGGUCAGUAGUCAGUUGAUAUUUGAUCCAGGUCUGGUCAGUUGAUAUUUGAUUCAGGUCUGGUCAGUUGAUAUUUGAUCCAGGUCUGGUCAGCUGAUAUUUAAUCCAGGUCUGGUCAGUUGAUAUUUGAUUCAGGUCUGGUCAGUUGAUAUUUAAUCCAGGUCUGGUCAGUAGUCAGUUGAUAUUUAAUCCAGGUCUGGUCAGUAGUCAGUUGAUAUUUGAUCCAGGUCUGGUCAGUUGAUAUUUGAUUCAGGUCUGGUCAGUAGUCAGUUGAUAUUUAAUCCAGGUCUGGUCAGUUGAUAUUUGAUUCAGGUCUGGUCAGCAGGCAGUUGAUAUUUAAUCCAGGUCUGGUCAGUAGUCAGUUGAUAUUUAAUCCAGGUCUGGUCAGUUGAUAUUUGAUUCAGGUCUGGUCAGUUGAUAUUUAAUCCAGGUCUGGUCAGUUGAUAUUUGAUUCAGGUCUGGUCAGUAGUCAGCUGAUAUUUGAUCCAGGUCUGGUCAGCUGAUAUUUGAUCCAGGUCUGGUCAGUUGAUAUUUAAUCCAAGUCUGGUCAGUUGAUAUUUAAUCCAGGUCUGGUCAGUAGUCAUCUGAUAUUUAAUCCAGGUCUGGUCAGUUGAUAUUUAAUCCAGGUCUGGUCAGUGGUCGGUCAGCCAGUAAUGUAACAGUGAAGACAUAUCUAACAGUAAAAGUCUUGGACAGGACAGGAGGAGUGUGUUGUUUGGAAAAAGGACUUCCCAGAACGUCUGUGAUUGUUUUUGUCUCGGAGAACAGAGUGGAGAGACGGAGAGAGUGUUAUGUCAUGUGUGUGUGUGUACUUUGUCUCGGAGAACAGAGUGGAGAGACGGAGAGAGUGUUAUGUCAUGUGUGUGUGUGUGUACUUUGUCUCGGAGAACAGAGUGGAGACGCAGAGAGUGUUAUGUCGUGUGUGUGUGUGUGUAUUUUGUCUCGGAGAACAGAGUGGAGACGCAGAGAGUGUUAUGUCAUGUGUGUGUGUGUCUGCCUCAGUGUGUGUGUGUAUGUGUGUGUGUGUGUGUGUCUGCCUCAGAGUGGAGAGACAGAGUGUUAUGUGUUUGGUCAUUUCUCCUCUUCGUUUUGUUCUACUUCCUGUAUCACACGGGAACAGCCAAUCAGUGCAUGCGUUGCAGUAACCAUGAUGACCAGUGAAUAGUCUAGAGUCUUCCUCUGUGUUUGGGCUGGUGAUGACGACGACGCCCAGGAGAGAUGCAGCCCAACCUGAAUACAUGUUAGUGUGAGACUGAGCGUUGCCACGACAACAACCUCCACUGUGUUCCUGUGGAUUUACACACAUCACGGUAUUAAUGCUUAGACUGGACUGCAUGGUUUCAUGGGGAAUACAUUACCUACCAAGCUAUGACAAAGUGUGUCUCACACACACACUUUGACACCACUACCCUUUUGACACACAUCCCUCAGCAAAUUCAGGUCCUUUAGUUUUAGUGUUUUGUGAGUUUUAUUGCUGAAAAAAUGCAACUGUUAUUGUCGUGUUAUUUCCACAUCACUGAUAUACAACCAGCCCAAAGAAUGUAACGUAUGUACCUUGUUUGACUGUGUCCCAAAUGACACCCUAUUUCCUAUAUAGUGCACUAGGUUUUAUCCAGAGCUGGUCUAAAGUAGUGCACUAUGUGUAUGAAACAGGGUGGGACGUAGCCAUUCUGCUGUAGAAGAGAAACAGGCUUGUGUCUAAUGAAGUGGUUCAAUCAUGUUCCGAAAUUCUAUGUUUCCAUUCAAUAGUAUGAGAAUCCAGUUCUGAAAUUCUACGUUCUGAUUCUAUGAUUCCGUUGUUCCGAUGUUACUGUAACAAGCAGCUCUGUUUGGACUAUUCUGAAUGUUGGACCUGAACCGUGUUUCUUUACCAAUGACAGACUGAAACCCAACUGUUAUUUCACCAAUACACACCGUGGUGGUUUCUAGAACUGUUAUUUCACCAAUACACACCGUGGUGGUUUCUAGAACUGUUAUUUCACCAAUACACACUGUGGUGGUUUGAAGAACUAACUGUUAUUUCACCAAUACACACCGUGGUGGUUUCUAGAACUGUUAUUUCACCAAUACACACCGUGGUGGUUUCUAGAACUGUUAUUUCACCAAUACACACCGUGGUGGUUUCUAGAACUAACUGUUAUUUCACCAAUACACACCGUGGUGGUUU